AUUUUUUUCAAGAGAAAAAUAGAAAAAUAAUUAAAAGAAAAAUAUUAUUCUAUUAUUAAAUGAAAGGAUGAGAAUUAGGAGAUAAAUUAAAGCAGUAAAAUCUUCAAAGUGGAUUUCAAUUGGAACCUAUUAAGAUUAUGGAUGAAUUGAGUGUCAAUCGAGGUUUUUCACCACAUUUUAGUCCAUCGAGAAAUCUUAUUGCCAAUACUGAAAAUCAAUCGCAAAAGUCACUGUAUAUACAUUUACCAAAUCAUGGGUUUCGAAUGGUCCGUGUAGAUGAGUCAAACAGCGAUGUUCGACAAAUUAUUAAUAAUCUUGUUGGUUCUAUGACAUGUGUCGUCGGUGUUAAACCAUAUACCCAAUAUUAUGCACUGAGAUUACGACACAUCGUUUCUAAAGAAAUUUUAUGGUUGCCAUUAACAACUCCAACUCGUCAAGUUAUCGAUUACAUUUCAAAUGAAUCAUGCUCGAACAUAAAUUGUCCUAACUUUGCGAGAUCAUCACCAUCAGUGAGUGAUAAAAAUCAGCAUGAAGCAAAAGAAAACGUACCUUUAGGCAAUUCAAAUUGUGUAUGGAAAAUAGAACUGCGAGUGCGAUAUAUUCCAAAGAGUCUCAACGAAUUUCUUGAACGUGAUAAAAUAAGCAUAAACUACUUCUUUAAUCAAGUCAAAGAUGAUUUUGUUCAAUCAAAUAUUUCAAACAUUGAACAAGAUUUAUCUGUACAAUUGUGUUGUCUGGCAAUCAGACACUAUUACAAGGAUGCAAGAUCAUCGAAUGACAGAAAGCAUCAUCUUGACUACAUUGAAAAGGAAAUGGGCUUCUCAAAUUUUCUUCCAAAAGCUGUCAUUGAUAAUAUUAAGCUAAAAAACUUGAAAAAACUAGUUCAGAAUCAGUAUAAAAAGAUUUAUCAACUCUCGGAUACUGAUUAUAUUUUAAAAUAUUUCGAGCUGCUUGCUACUGUCUUUGAUUAUGAUCAUGAGAAAUUUGUUGUGACGCUUGGACAAUGGAAUAUUGGAAUUGAUUUGAUUAUUGGUUAUAAUCUUGGUAUCUCUUACCUUACUCAUUCACAAGCUAAACCGACAAAAGUGACAGAUUUUGAAAAUAUUAUAUCAUUGAAAACAAGCAUUUUACCAAAUCUCCAACAAUCGUCAAUUUCAAGUAGUACGAAUAGCGGAAAAGGCCUACAUACCAGCAAGUCUAAUGAUUCGAAUAUAUCACAAGCAAGUAACUCAACUAUUUGUGGCUGUAAUAGUAUUAAAUCACAAUUACGUAUUCAAGUCGAUGGAAAUAGUGAAGAUUUAGCCAUCACAUGUAAUGGUGUUAAUACAGCAGACGGCAUUGCAGAACUUAUUGAUGGAUACUGUAAAAUUUUUAAUGAUAACAGCAUGAGCUUGUGGGAUAAAACAAAGACGCCAAGCAAUAGUAAUUCAUUGGAAAAGAAGACAACUUUAAAUCAGUUUUUAGCUGAUAAUGGAUGCGCAGAUUUUGACGAAACUCAGGACUACAAUGUUAAUUUGAGAAAAAUACUUCUUAGUGAUGACUAUUCAGAACUUCAUGGAGUUUUGCCGGAUGUUGAAGAAGAAGGAGAUUAUUCAACGCCAACGGCGAGGAAUUAUGAACUGCAGAGGAAUCAAAUUCAAUUGAAUGAUAUUAUCGGACUUGGUCAAUUCGGCGAUGUUUAUGUUGGACAAUGCCAAAUAUUAAGAUCUGCCAAUAAGAAAGAUUCAGCAAAUGUUCGUGAAGACAUAAUUCCAGUUGCAAUCAAAACUUGUAAAGUAGAUGCUGAUUUAAAGACGUCGGAAAAAUUUCUCGAAGAAGCAUAUGUAAUGCAAAAGUUUGAACACCCACAUAUUAUUAGGCUCAUUGGAAUUUGUAGUGACUCGCCUAUAUGGAUUGUUAUGGAACUGGCAAGGCUUGGUGAAUUACGUGCAUAUUUGAAAGAAAAUAUCUCCAAAUUAAAACUUGGCACAUUACUUCUCUACUCUUAUCAACUGUCUACUGCACUUAGUUAUUUAGAAUCUAAAAAAUUUGUGCAUCGAGAUAUUGCUGCAAGAAACGUUCUAGUCUCUUCACCCACUUGUAUAAAACUUGCUGAUUUUGGUUUAAGUCGUUGGGUCGAAGAUCAAUCAUAUUAUACUUCAAGUAAAGGUCUCUUACCAAUUAAGUGGAUGGCACCAGAAAGUAUAAAUUUUCGAAGAUUUACUACUGCUAGUGACGCAUGGAUGUUUGCUGUUUGUACAUGGGAGAUUUUGAUGUAUGGAGUGAAACCAUUUCAGGGCAUAAAGAAUAGUGAGGUGAUAGGAAAAUUGGAGAAUGGUGAACGAUUGGCACUUCCUCCAAACUGCCCACCUAGGCUUUAUUCUUUAAUGUCUCAAUGUUGGAGCUAUGAACCAGCAAAACGUCCUGACUUUAAAAAUAUCAAAGAAAUUAUGAAAGAGAUUCUAUUGGAAGAAAAGGUCAGUGACUCGGAAACAAUGAAGCGCGAAAAUAGAAGGAUAGCUGCAAUGUCUUGGGGAAAUGGUUCCGAUGAUGCACCUCCAAAACCAGCAAGACCAAUGACUGAUUCUACAUCUAAACUUUUUCAGUUAUCAACUAUUGACGAUCAUAAUGAGAACGAGACUAAUCCUCAAAUGACAUAUAUAGUAGCACAAAAUCCUUUAAUUUUGGCUCAAUUAAUGCGCGAAAACGAGAAACGUGGAUUUAAUCCAUCAUCAUACACGACUCCUGCUUCGGUAUUUAACGUUCUUGGCGUAGAAUUUGAUGAGAAAACUACUGAAAAUAAACCAUCGGAAGAAUUUCCUUUAAAAACCGUUCAAAUAUCUGCGAAUGAACUAAAUCCAUUAAAAAAUGAUACAAUUGAUAUCCUUGAACAAUCCCCAUCCCUCCAACAAAUUAAUAAUUCCGAUCCCCUCAUUGAAAUUACUAAUGAAAUCGUUACUUAUUCAUCUACAACAGCUGGCUUGCCUCCACAAGUUCCUGUAACAGAUAGCUCUAAAACGCGAAGUUUGGAAAGAAAUGCAAAUCAAGCAGAAAUUCCAUCAGUUUUUGCUCGAAUAAGCUCUCUAGAAAGGCGUCAACAAGUGCAAGAGAAUUUAAAAAGUAAUCAACAGCGAUCUCAAUCUCUUAUUCGACAAUUUAGUGGCAUACAACAACAACAACCUGAUCCGCAAAAUAUACGUUCAGCUAGUCUAGAGCGAAAUCAGCAUGUUCCAUUUAACUUCAAAGCCACUUAUUCAAAUAGUUUUGAAAAAUUUCAAAACCCCCCACCAUCAUACGCUAAGACUGUGAAGCCUAUGAAAGGUGGAAGCUUAGAGAGAUCACAAGCAAUAAUUAUGAAUGAUUUGAUGCGAAAGUAUUAUGAUCAAAAAGCAGUUUCAGAUGCACAAAAACCAAGAAGUGGUGGGAGUCUUGAAAGAAAUUCACAAUACCAACAGUUUUUAAUAUUACAAAAACAACAGCUACAACAGCAAUUACAUGCUCAACAACAGCAAGUUCAAGCUCAGAAACAAGCUCAAUUACAGCAACAACAAUUUCAACAAGAAGAGUUGAUUGAGGAAAAUAUUUAUGACUUUGGUGGUGUUCAUGUUAAGUCUUGCGCUACAAUUGCAUUGAAAAAGAGCAUUGAGCGCGGAAUGCUUCCUCCAACAGCUCUCCGAACAUUUGAAACUCCUCAAAAUUCUAAUUCUUCUUCUGGUCCAUCAUCUCUUGAAAUUAACCGUCCAUUAACACCACAACAAAGUUUCAAGCAGCCAUGUCCCAGUAUUGCAAGUCGCAUUAUGAUUUUCCAACAAGGUGCAAGCCAGCACAUUCGACCACAGCAGCUUCAAAAUCCUCUCAUGUCCCAAAAACCCUUUCCACAAAAUCCUAAUUUUUUUAUUCCACCUAUGCAAACGGAGCCAGUGCAGCAACUUCAUCAUGUUAACAAAGAUCUCCAAAACUUUAUCGAAACACGCAUGAAGAAACAACAAGAAGAGAGUGAAAGUGAUGCAAAGUGGUUGCGACAACAAGAAGACAAUAUAAAGAAAAGAUUAAGCAUUUCAUCUCUUACUGAGACGUCUAUUGAUAGUAUCAAUGCAUCUGCUCCACCUCCAAAACCAUCAACAUCUGAUCGUACUCCUUUAAGUCCUAAGUUAAAUGUUCAACAAAUAUCACCAGUAAUGUCCUGCUUGACAUCUCCACAGGACACUUUACAGAAUGCCGAGCCUAAAGUAUUGGACAGGCAAAAUGAUCCAAUUUAUAAAUGUACAACUAAUGUUGUACGAGCAGUGAUGACUUUAAGUAGUGGUGUCGAAAAGUCUAAUAUGAGUGAAUAUUUGGAUUUGGUGAAAGAAGUUGGAUUAGAACUAAGAUCACUCCUUGGAACUGUUGAUCAAAUAUCUUCACAGUUCCCACCACAAACUCAUAGGGAAGUUGAAAUGGCACAUAAAGUAUUAUCAAAAGAUAUGAAAGAUCUUGUUGCAUCUAUGCACAGAGCGAUUCAGUAUUGCGAUACAACAUUAGAUGUUGAAUGCAGGAAGAACAUGCUAUCAGCUGCACACAUUCUUGCUAUGGACACAAAAAAUCUUUUAGACGUUUGCGAUUCUAUUCGUGCAAGACAUCCUGACAUUGUUUACCAAAUAACAGAACCGAAAAAUUCUCCUGUUGUCGAAUUGUCACAAUUUCAGCAAUCACCACAGAAACAGUCAAUUCAGCAGCAAGAUAUUCCUGAAGAUUUUUAUGAAAAUGUCGUGAGGACGGAGAAAACUAAAGUAACUGAGCAAAUAUAUUGCAAUCAAAAUUUACCACAUACCGAUAUUGGAAUAUACGAUAAUAGUAGCGUAAUACAAGAGCAGCAGCUAAGAAUAGUAGAAGAGCCACUUAUGUCGCCUAGUACUUCAAAUGGCGUAGAGGCAAAGUGAGAUUAGCCAAAAACAAAACCUUUAAACUUAUUCUAUAAAUUUUCUCUAUAAAAAAAAACUUAUUUGACAACUAGAGAGUGUGAAAUGAUGUCAAGUAUCUAGUAAACGUAAAUAUCAGCUCUAAAGUUAAAAAAGCAGCAUUAGUCAUUAAAUUGAAUAUUGAUUAGAUGUAAAAUCGAUAUCAGCUUCCUAUGAGCUUCGUUCCAUGAUUGCUUCGUAUUGACCAUAUUAAUAGAUACCGAUUUUUCAACAAAAAGUAAUAGAUUUACUAUUGACUAUCAGCGAUUAAUGGAAAAUCUAUCCUGGUAAACAAUUUAUGGUUUUUAUCACUGGUUACACAGCAACUUUUCUACCUUCAUUAAAAAUAAUCUUUAAUCCUAAAACCUCCAUUAAUCGCACAAAUAGAUUUUUCUGUGUUACUUUUAUUCUGAAAGACAAUUUUUUUAUGUUUUUAUACGAAAUGAAAUUAUUGAGCUGUAUCCUAAUCCAAAUGUAAUAAUAUUAUAAAAAGUGCAUAUUAAAUAGACAUUGAUAAAUAUAUACAAAUUUAAAUUAUAAUGUUGAUAUGAUACAGCAAAAGUUUUGAGAUGAAUUAAAAGAAAAUUGCAUUGAUAUUUAAAAGUUUUUUUGCUAUUCAACUUACUUAGUCAGACUUAUUGAUGAUUUGUUUUUUUUUUCCUUCCUAAGUGUCCAUAAUUACAUAAUUUAUUUCCUU